AUGGUAAACCACAAAGCAUUCCCUUUCAUUCUCGUGAAUGUCUUUGCUCUGUUUUCCUUCCUUGAUUUCGCCUUCUCCGAGACUUCGGCGGCAGGUGAUUGCAUUCUCGAUAUUAAAAACCCUUCCUCCGCAAAGGAGCCGGAUUGUGAAUCAGCCAACUGGGCCGGUUUCAUCGACGCCGGUUGUUGUGGUGGCGCCUUUGAAGAAUACAUUCAUGCCCUCGGGCGGCGAGCAAACCUUACGAAAGCCAUUUACUUGAAUACCACGCAACAAAACAACUGCUUGGCAGCAAUGGAGAUCUUUGAGAAAGAUGUAUACAGCUGUGGUAUUCAGAAGCUAACGAGUGGAGCUGGUGGCUGUUCGGACUAUACCAUCACUGAUGUUAUCGAUAAGAUGGGAGAUAGACUCCGAAGCUUACAAGAAGAUUGUAGGGUGUUAGGUACCGGUAACGGAUCGCAUCAAUCGUGUGGUACAUGUUUGAGGAGUUGGGAACAGAUUAAUCUUGCGGAACACGUUACCGGUGAUGCUGAUGUAUGUAGAUUUGCAGCACUGGUAUAUAUGAUAAGCAAUAGGGUUGACGAUGAUAAUUGGGUCCUUGCAGUAUUUCAAUGCCUUGGAGAAAGGGCUUAUUCCUUAGAUGAACAUGGAAGCACAACUAGCAAAAAUAUCCAUAAGAACGGUAAUCGCAACCAGAGGAAAGAACAAAUCCUGCCUGCUAGGAAAAAUGAGUCGGACGACUCGUUCUCCAAGCAUUCCUCUUCUCAGAAGAUAUCUAUCAAAGAAGUUUAUUCAGCAACAAACUAUUUCAAUGCAUCAAACUUCAUUGGCCAAGGCAUAGCUGGAAAAGUAUACAAGGGUCUUCUCUCAAAUGGCCAGUAUGUCGCAGUUAAGCAUAUUAUCAACGAUGGACAGAUUGAAACUUUUGUCCGGGAAGUCAGAAGCUUAUCUCAUAUCAAGCAUCCAAACCUUGUAGCUCUGGUCGGCUAUUGCGAGAAUAAAGAUGAAUGCUUCCUAGUGUAUGAACUGUGCCAUCAUGGGAACCUAUCAGAGUGGCUAUAUGGAAAGGAUAGAGCUAUUUCAUGGAUUCAAAGACUCAAGAUUGCAAUAGACGGUGCAAGGGGACUCUGGUUUCUCCACACUUAUCCAGAAGGCUGCAUCGUUCAUCAUGAUAUUAAGGUACAUUCGAGAACAUAGGAA